AUGCAUUACAUGGCCACCUUCAGUGUGCUCGACGAGUCGCGCUGGCCUGAGCAGGCGCCACUCGCCUUUGUACGCAGACAUUACGCAGCCGCAGACCUGAAGGCGGACGGCUCAUGCCAGACGCUGCUUGGCGUUUUGGGGGGAUAUAAUGGAAGACACCACCUCUCAUCCUGUGAAGUCUACGAUGUCACUCGGGACAGAUGGUACAGCCUGCCGGACAUGCAAAAGGCGAGGGCAUGGGUGCCAGCUGCUUCCUGCCAGCCCGGCGACUGUCGCAUGUUUGUCUUUGGUGGAUACAAUUCCUCCGGCGCCCUGGCCUCAGUGGAGUAUUGUCACCUUUAA